CUUGGAAGUAACAUCGCGCACUCCCGUAAUCCUUUCCUUACCUCUUUCUCUCGCCGAGCCAUCCCCGCGAAACAGAUCCCCGUGAAACGAGUCGCGAACUCUUCUUAAUCGAACUUCGUCUCCCUUCUCUCCCUUAAUUCUCUCCGUGCUCUUAUUUUCGGUAUUUAAAAAAAAGAAAAAGAUUUGCUCGUUCGGGCGUUGUGUAACCGCAAGGUGAUUGUCAGGGUCCAAGGCGAGGUGGAGGAUCGUGUAUAUAUGUAUGUAUCGAUAAUUGAAACGUGCACGCGAAGGACGGAAGUCGGACGGACGGACGCGCGUGAAAGCAGGUCUCGUUGGUGAAAAUCGACGAGGGGGGAAGACGUGUUUUCUUUCAGUUCUUUUUUUUUUCAUCUUCUUCUUCUUCAUCUUCGAGUGGAAAAAACGAGGAGGAGGAGGAGGAGGAGGAGGAGGAGGAGGGCCGGAGAAAAAGAAAGGUGGACGGUCUCAGUCGUGGAUGAAGAGAGGUUCGAGAUAUAACCGGUUUUGCGGCGUUUAGAAAUGGAAAAUACCCGACAAGGACGGCAGAGGCGCGCGAAAGUCGCUAAUACCUAAUCAAGAAUGAGGAUGGAUCGAAGGGAUUUGGAAACGUUUGGGGGAACGCGCGUUUGAAGGAGGAAGGGAAGGGGAAAAGUUGAUUGGAAAAGAGAUUGUGAGAAUUUUUUCUCGCUUACUUUUCUAAACAUUUUCUCUCGUCCGUUCAACGAACGUGCUGUUAUUUGCUUAGCUAUAGCGGGAGGGGUCUACGAGAGGAGACUCUUUCUCGAGGAAUCUUCGUCGAGUAUUUAAAAAAAAAUUGCAAGUGGAACUUUGAAAAUUUUCUCAAUUUUCAAAUCCUCACCGUAACGAAAAGGAAAAGCAAACUAAGAUAGACUUAAAAGAAAAAAAGAAAAAACUUGAAUAAAACUUGUUUGGAGAAAUUUAAAAAGAAUCGUUUAACAGAAUAAUAAUAAUAAUUAAAAAUUGCAUAAUACGAAAGAAUGCUCAUCAACGCUCGAACGAAUAAAAACUUUUCCUAGAAACGCACAGAUUUCCCCGGGAGAAAAAUUAUCCUAUCUGGCGACAAUGAUCGAUGGAUAGGAAGGGGAAAAGAAAAAAGGAAGAAAAAAGGAAAUAAAAAAAAAAAAAAAAAAAGGGAGCAUAGAGGAUCAUCGAGAAGGUUGGAGAAGGUUGUAUCUUAAAUCCGCCGGAAGGCGAGAGGUACGACGCGCGCACGGUGGGAGGGGCGAUCACGAGGAGGAGGAGGAGAGGAUAUAUCCUCGAGCAAAGAUCGAUGUCUGUUCGCGCUCGAGCGGCCUCGAAGCCGCCGUGUGAUAACUGAUAAAUAUACCGGUCUCUCUUGCGGUACCCGGUUAAGAGAAUGCGGUUACAAACGCGAAGGGGGAAAAAAAGGACCACGGUGGUAGAUCUUUAAUGGUCGUCGAUACUUUCGUUUAGAAAGCGCGGCCGGCCGUGUCAGUUGGACGGGGAUUCGCGAUCGUGCCGCGUCGUUCCCUUCGAAUCGAUACCUCGAAUCGUCGCGCGCCGAUUUCGACCACCGGUCGGCCAUUGUAAACAAACCGUCCGUUCUUUCUUUCUUUCUUUUUUUUUUCGAAAAAUAUGCGCGCCGACACGCGCUCCGAUGAAUAUUCGUUUCGACGAAGGGAGAAAGUUUCUGCCGCGUGAAUGAGAGUGGAAAAUGCAGCUACCAGUUCGGUACAAGAUUUGGCCGCGGAGAAAGAAGAGGCGAACACGAUGGAAACCUUUCGAGAUUUUGUCGAGAAGAUAGUGGUUGGUUUGAUCGGCAACAUGGACGUGCCGAUCAAUCGUGUGGUAUAUCAUCAUUCGCCGUGUAAGUUGAAACACGUAGGACAUGUUGUACAAGCACAUGGCAAGCUUUUGGAAAAACACCUUGUACCCUUGAUCGAUGCACUCGCGAGUUUGGCUAUAGUACUGCAAUCAGCUUUAGAGAACAAAUCUGGCACGGAUGUGGGAAGCACGGCGCAAACGCUUCGCGACAUCGUGGAGCGUGUCGUCGAGGAGGCGAAGAGACUGCCCGGUCUCGGAAGUUGCGACGGGAGCGGAAGGAUCCAGGAGGAGAGGAACGGUGUGGAGAACAGUUACGAGGAGGUGCUCGCCACCACGAUCCUCAACAAGGUCAUCGAGAAAUACCAAAAGAAAGAGGUGGACGGGAAUAGCAACGUUCUCACUGGAAAGAUCGUCGUGCCUGCGAAAUAUGCACCGACCUGUGAAAGCGAGGCAGGGCUCGACGAAGGUGUCGAAGAAGGCAGGCUGGAACCGUUGUCCCAGGAGGAUUGCGCCAGCAACUACAGUGCAUCUAGCUCGAGACGCGUUAGAAACCAACCGGAGUCAUUAUCUCUCACGAUAGAAGAACGAAUAGAGGAAGUGACCACAACGUAUGCGUCGGACGAGGAUUCCAGGGAAUCUGUUUUGCCGGUCAAGAAUGCCCAUCGAGUGCCAUUUCCUGAACUUGGAAUGGACAUCAUCGAUCCUUUUCAAUCGGAGGACAGCCAAGACGAGAUCGACACGCCGACCAACGUGGAUUUAGUAUUCCCUGUCGAGUCUUGGGAAGAGAAUUGGUUGUUCCAAAAGAAGAAGGUCCAGACGCAGCAGGCUGACUCCGUGGCCAUGUUGGUACCGAAUCCUAGCGCCGAUUACAAGGCUCUGAUCGGCGACAAGGACGCGGAAGACACCUCCGACCUGUCCGAAUGUUCUUCAGCCCAGGCGGACGAGGACAUCGAGAAAGAGCUGAUGGAGGCGAUAAGCAACGUGGUGCCGCGAACCCCGGACGAGAAAAGGUUCGAGAAUGAUCUGGACCAAUACCACCCCCUCGUCGAUCCGUCGAAAAUCGAGAUUCAAGGCUUGAAUGAUCGAAGGAUCGAAAUGGGUGAGGAACGAAACGAAGAGGUCGAAGCCAAAGAGGUCGAGGAGGGGUAUCGUUCUAAAACUGUUCCAAAAGCAGGAAAUUUAAUCGAGAAUGAGGCAUCGAAAAUGGACGAGACGGGAAAUUUGGAGGAGAAUUCAAUCGAAUUCGAUUCUCCAUUGGAGAAGGGUGAACCGUUCGGGGAUAAUUUAUUGGAUCGCUCGAAACCAUUCGCAAUUUCCACGACCGAUGAAAACUUGCUAGACUUGCCAAAGACGCCGACGUCAACCCCGAGAAUUUCCAUGGCGGAACUGAGAGAAUUGGGGGGGAACGAUAACCUGGAAUCGAUAGAUUCUUCGCGGGAGAAGAACGUUCUGGAUUCGUUGGAGUGCGCGAAGAAGAAGUUGAUGGCCGUGAACGACGUGGACAGUGUGGAGGAGGAAGCAACGUUCGCUCAACAAAAAGUCGACUUUCAUGCCGAGGAUAUUCAAGAACAAGAAAGCGAAUACACCGAGCAUUACGAUAUCGCGACCCAAAGGCACUUGGACAGCUUGACGAAGAGUGAAUCGUCCGAUUUUUCGCCACUGAUGGAUUCGACGAUGGAAAAUGAGGAGAGCAAAUGCCGAGAGGCUGUGGCGUCCGCCAAAGCUGAAUCGGCUUCGCAUCCGUCCCAGCAGAGCAAGAAUUCAGACGAAGAGGUCCGACUUGCCACUCCUCCGAGGCCAGGUUCGAUCGCCGAACGCGAGCACAAAAAAUGGGAAAAUGCUCCGCCUAUCGAAAACAAUCCGUACAGCCGGGAGAAUAUUCAAAAGAGGUUGUGGGAGAGGCAGUACUCGAGAAGAUCGUCGGAAAAUUCCGGAAUUUACACCGAAUUGUCAACGAGCAAUGGAACGGACUUGCUUGACGUGUUAACAUCUCGAGAAUCAAAUAUGCAAAGGUUCGGCAGGGAUUAUUACGUGAACGGAUCAGUGAAUGAGAAAGGCAGAAGAUCGUCGGACAAUCCCGGAAUACACAACGAAUUGAGCAACGGAACGGAUACGGAUGACAUGUCAUCGUUACGGGAAUUAAAUAUCCAAAGAAACAUGGGGGAUUAUUACGACACGAGGGCGAAGGAGAAAGGGAGAAGAUCGUCCGACAAUCCUGGAAAUUACGAGUUAUCAACGAGCAGCGGGAGUUUGAACGACGUGCUGUCGACAUUCCGAGACGAAAGCAUACAAAGAUCUGCCGGGGACUAUUGCGUGUACGAUCAAAAAGCGUCGGUAAACGAGAAGGGAAGAAGAUCGUUGGACAAUCCCGGAUCGGUCGAGGAUUAUUACGAGAAAAAUCGAAAAUCAUCAGCGAAUAAAAAAGAAAGAAGAUCGUCAGAUAUAAUAAUCGAUGACGUUUCACUAUUCCAAGAACUAAAUAUAAGAUCCGCCGGGGACUGUUACACGAACGAUUCGAAGCCGUCUGCGAACAACAAAGGGAGACGAUCGUCGGGCUUCUCGACGUCGACGAGCAGACCGAGCAGCUCGUUAUCCCAACGAUCAAGCUUCAAUGGGAUCGCGGACCAGGAUCAACAGGAGGAGGAAACACAAUACAAGGAAACGGAGUCCCUGUUGAACCGAAGCAACGAUGUUAAAUCCAAAGUGGCUAAGUGGCAAAACAACAACGUGGAGAGCAAGUAUCUGGCAGGAUCUGGGCAGGAUGAUUCCUCGAAAGGGGGGGAGAAAGGAAAGGAGAGGUUCUCCUCGAGAUCGAUGGAGGGUCAGAGGUCGUGGGAGGAGCAAAGAUCGAUGGAGGAGAUUCUGGAGAACGAGAGGAAGAACAGCAAGAACGAGGUAAACGCGAAAUUGAACAACCAAGAGAGCACCAACACCGUGAUCGAAACGAAAAUGUUCAACUCCGAGAGAAACCAGCGGAAGAUCAAGAGGAUCGAUCUGAAGGCGUACGGUUUCGAAAAUGAAUUCUGCUCCAACAGAAUCAGAACUUCGACCCCGAGGGUUGUGAAUAAGUUGGAUCUGAGAUCUUUCGGCUACGACGACGGAAUUCGACGUACCCAGUCAAACAUUCAACUGAACAGCGUCGACAAUGACGAAUUCAAGGUUGCUAGGUACGCCAAUUUGUCGCAAGGGCAGAAGGGUUACAAGGAUCACGAUAGGGAUCAAGACGAGAUCGAGGAUCGAGGAUCCGGGGACAACAGCUUGACGCAGAGCACGGAGACGCUCAACAAAUUCGAGGACGAGAGUUACAACGAGUUCAAAUUGAGGCCCGCGAAAUCUGUGCCGAACAUCACCAAGUGUUACUCGAGCAGGACAAGCCAGAGGGAGGAUGAGGAGGAGUACGAUCGAAACUCGUUCGACGAGUUCGAAGUGAUUAAGACCGGUUCGGUGAGGAAUCUCGCGAACAAUUAUAACCAGAAGAGUGUUAAUAUUAAGAGUAGCCAGUCAUCGAUCGACGACGGGUCGGAGAACGAUGGGGAUAAUUCUUUGGAGGGCACGCAGAGUCAUCGGUCGUUGAACGACGCGAAGAAGAAGAGUUCGAGCGACGAGGAGUUUGAUAAUAAGGUGUUGCCGAUGCCAUCGGUCAGAAGGCUUGCUGAGGUAUUUAGUAAGCAAAGUGAACACGUUCACGUCCCUGUUACAAAGACAACGAAAUCAUGUAACAUGUACAACGAGAGAUCUUCGACGCCAGAAAUUCAAAUAGUUGAAACACCAAGGCAAAUGCACAGCCUAACCGCCAGAUCGCUUUCGAAACAAUUUCGAGAAGGUUUGAGGCGAAUUCCAAACAAAGUUACUUCACCUCCGGCUAGCCACGUCGUUAUGGAACAAUGCAAAGUAGGCGAGAGUCAAAUGGAAGUAGUGCAACCGAAGAACGAUGUGUUUAACGAUACGAACGUGAUUCUACCGGGAAAAUUGAAAUCGAAUAUAAUAUUCUGGGAACAGAUGCAGAAAAAGAUGUAAAGCGUAUCUGUCUGCUUUAAAUUUGGUGCACGUUUGUCAAAAAAAAAAAAAAAAGAGGAAUUAAUAUAGGAAUCAAAUUAAAGUGGUAUAUAUUCCGUA